GCACAUAUGUUGGCUGGCUAACAAUGCGCAAUAUGCUUGAUAUUACAAUAAAUUGAUAAAUUGAAUUCGCAAGAGACUAACAGUACCUGACUCGUAGUAUCCGAUCUGCAGGCAUGUCCGCAGUGCUGGAAGUUCUGGUUCGCACUGCUGCCGGCUCCUGCAACAAUCCCUGACAAGUCCUUCCGAUCUGGCAUUCGAUACGAGGACCUGAAUAACAUCGACACGAAGGCUUCGGUGAUGCCAUCUGUUUAAUUGACGUUUACAGACUUAUAUGAACUUGUGAGAUGCCAGUACGGAUCCGUAUAAGGUAAUAGUACCUUUUAUCGAUUAUUAACCCGGUAAUUACAUAAGACCCUAGCAGAUCUAAUAUGCUCAUAUGGCAAGUCAAGACGACUUCGCGGUGGCGAUUACCCCAGAAAUCUAACUGAUAGAGUUGGACUGAGUGACAAUGUACAGUUUAAUAUAGACCAAACUUCUCACUUCCAUACUUCCACAAAAACGUAACUGGAUACUCCAUAAGGUCAGCCAAUUUGGCUACAUACGGGAGCAGUCAGUAGGCUCAUAUUCUUCAUAAACCGUCAUGAUGGCGGCUGAUGAAGAUAACCAAGAGAUACACAAUUCACUUGGGGAGACAAGUUUUGAAGGCCGUCUUCAAUUGAAGAAUUUCAUAUUUAAGGGGUCAAGCCAAAGCUCAUCAUCUACAUCACCACGCCGAAGCCAGAGGCUACCGACACCUCAGUCUGCCAUCUCAUCUCAGAGCUCACCUUUAUCAUCAUUAGAAGCGCUACCCAAAUCAAAGAAGCGCAAAACGGGCUCGGCGAUAUCAGAUGCAGAUGAGAAUAGUAGCAAAGGUACACCCCCAGCCUCGGCCUCACCCUCGUCAAAAAAGCGAUCUAGAGGACCGUCUUCAUACGCCCCGCCCUCAACAUACGCACACUUACCCCUACUCCCAGACGCCAUCGCGCCAAACCUAUUAAUCUUCUUCAUCGGGUUGAAUCCCGGCAUCCAGACAGCGCGCGUCGGGCACGCAUACGCGCACCCAUCAAACCUCUUCUGGAAGCUACUCUACUCGUCCGGGAUCACGCCGGUCCGAUGCCACGCGCACGAGGACCAGACCAUGCCGGCGCGGUACGCGCUCGGCCACACCAACAUCGUGGCCCGCCCGUCGCGCAACGGCGCCGAGUUGAGCAAGGCCGAGAUGGACGAGGGCGUUGCCAUUCUCGAGGACAAGUGUCGCCGGUGGCGGCCUGAGGUCGCGUGUAUCACAGGAAAAAGUAUUUGGGAAAGUGUGUUUCGUGUGCGCCAUGGACGGGCUAUGAAGAAGGGCGAGUUUAAGUAUGGGUGGCAGGAGGAGAGGAUGGGUGUUUUUGAGGGCGAUGGGGAGGAGGAGCCUUGGGAGGGGACGAGGGUGUUUGUAGCGACUAGUACGAGUGGACUUGCAGCUACGCUGAAGCCGGAGGAAAAAGAGAAGAUAUGGAAGAUUUUGGGAGAUUGGUGCGUGAAGAGGCGGAAGGAAAGAGAGGAUGCUACUACCGAGGAUAGCAAGGAUCCUGAAAUAUCAGAUCCAGUAUAAAAGGGAGAAUGUCUUGCUAUUUGCUCUUUUUACUGCUGAUGGGGACUACAUGUAUAGCGAUACAUGGCGAAUUGUUUCAUGAGACAGAUACCCCCGAACGUAUAUCGAGAAACUUGAUCUACUGCUACUAGCUGUACCUAUAUGCCUAGGUAUUUAUGAUAUAUCACUUAAUGGAACCUGG